GCUGAGUGUAAUGCAGAUCUCUGCCGAAACGGGGCUUUGCAUUAGCCAAUCAUAUUGUUUGUUUUAGCUUUAGCCUGGUCUGAUUCCUGUCUGUUUGUGGAGCUUUGCUCAGCGCGUUUAUGCUUUUACACGUAAACGUAAAGACGUUUGAGCUGUUGGUCGCUGCGGCCUUCCAUCAUCCGUCCGGAAACAUGACACCUCCCAUCAGAGGGGAGACAACAGGACUGAGCUGAGACUGUUUGGGAAGCAGAUCGGAGACAUCAACACUCCGGAGGAGUCCUCCGCAUCGGCCCAUCCGUGCCGUGGAAGCAGCCGUCAGAGUGGAGAUGAUCCACGUCCAGAGUUUUCCAGCCACGCUGUCUGUGAGGACAGAAGCUCAGAGUCAGCUGUGGGAGCUGAGCUUCUGUUCGAGGCUGCCUCACUGCAUCUGUGUGUGUGUGUGUGUGUGUGUUGGACAGCACCCUCUCCUGUCUGUCAUUAAGGAUGCUUCUGUGUUUCCUCUGAAGGAGGUGUUAAGGAGGCGCUGUAACCUUUGCUGGGCUGCAGUUGUCGGUGCGGCUGCAGGGGGCACUGCGGAGCAGCUGUCAGUCUGCAGAACCUCAGAGGAAGACGGACGGCUACCAGCUAACGCUUUUUUUGUGCUUUUUUCGCCGGUCUAACGGAUAAAAACGCCUCGGUAACCAUGGCAACAGGCCGGCUGGUGGAGGUGUACCUGGACCUUCUAUCGCAGCCCUGUCGGGCGGUGCACAUCCUGCUCACCUGCACCAAAAUCCCGCACAGAGUGCGCACCAUGGCGCUGCGGAAAGGAGAACAUCGGACUCUGGACUUCACCAAACUCAACCCCAUGCAGAAGGUUCCUGUCAUGGUGGACGACGGCUUCGUCCUCACAGAGAGCGAUGCCAUCCUGAAGUACCUCGCCACCAAGUAUGAUGUCCCGGAGCACUGGUAUCCACGGCAACCAGAGAGACGAGCCCGAGUGGACGAGUACACAGCGUGGCAUCACACCAACACACGACCGCACGCUGCUAAAGUCUUCAUCCUGGAGGUGCUGCUCCCGGCUCAGUCUGGCUCUCUGGUGGAUGAGGCGCGUUUGAAUCGCGCUCUCUCUGACCUCGACGACACGCUGGAUAAACUGGAGUCCAUGUUUCUUCGCCGCCAGCCUUUCCUCUGCGGUGAUGACAUCACUGUGGCCGACCUGCUCGCGGCGUGCGAGCUCACGCAGCCUCUGGGCGGGGGCAGAGACGUCCUAAAGGAGCGUCCUCAGCUGCAGCGGUGGAGGAGUCGAGUCCAGUCGGCCGUCGGCGAGGCGUUUGACAAAGCUCACGGCGUCCUGUAUGCCCUCAGAGACCGCCGCCGAGCCCGGCUGUGACAUCUGCACGAGGGGAGGAGUCAGCCGAGGGUGUCAGGAGGAUGAAGGAGCGGCUCGAUUUCACUUAGAUUUCUCUGCUUUAAAAAACCUCAGAGGCCUUCGAGCCAUCACAGAGUUCCUGGACUCUGAUCGAUGAAAGUAUCAAUAAAUCUAUCAAUGAAUCGA